GUGAGAAUCGCCCAGCAGCAUCUCAGCCGAGCAGCAGCGCAAAAAUGCACUGAAAUACGCAUCUUAGGACAUUUCCACCCUCUUUCGGUUUGCCAUGAGGGCGUGUGAUGGGAAUAACGGGGAUGUUCGCACCGGAUUAAGUCCCUUUAUUUUGAGAGAAAUGCGGAUUGUUUUGCGCUCGAGGUGUUAACGCAGAAAAAAAAAAAAAAUACAAAAAUGAAGAAGCAAUUCAAUCGGAUGCGACAGCUCGCCAACCAGACUGUUGGCAGGGCAGAAAAAACAGAGGUACUGAGUGAAGACCUGCUGCAGGUGGAGAAGCGUUUAGACCUGGUAAAGCAGGUCUCUCAUAGCACACAUAAGAAGCUGACCGCCUGUCUGCAGGGACAACAAGGCACCGAUUUAGACAAGAGAUCAGUCAAAUCUCCCUCGAAAAAGUUGCCUCUGACGAUACUUGCUCAAUGUAUGGUGGAGGGAGCGGCUGUGUUAGGAGACGACUCUCUUCUUGGUAAGAUGCUGAAGCUCUGUGGUGAGACAGAGGAGAAGUUGGCCCAAGAGCUGCUCGUCUUUGAGUUUCAGAUUGAAAGAGAUGUUGUGGAGCCUCUGUAUGUGCUGGCUGAGGUGGAAAUUCCGAACAUUCAGAAACAGCGAAAACAUUUAGCCAAACUCGUUCUGGACAUGGAUUCUGCAAGGACACGGUGGCAACAGUCAUCCAAAUCUUCAAGUCACCCUAGUAAUGUGCAGCAGGGCGGAGCUAAGGCUGAUUCCCUGAGAGAAGAAAUGGAGGAGACAGCCAAUCGGAUGGAGAUCUGCAGGGACCAGUUAUCAGCAGACAUGUACAACUUUAUGGCCAAAGAAAUAGACUAUGCAAACUACUUUCAAACGCUCAUAGAGGUUCAGGCAGAGUAUCACAGGAAGUCUUUGGAGAUUCUGCAGAGUGUGCUGCCACAGAUCAAAGCUCACCAGGAGGCCUGGAUAGAGAAGCCAUCGUAUGGAAAGGCCCUGGAGGAACAUCUAGCCAUCAGCGGCAGGGAGAUUGCAUUUCCUAUCGAGGCGUGCGUCACCAUGCUGCUUGAAUGUGGCAUGCAGGAAGAGGGCUUAUUUCGGGUGGCCCCCUCGGCCUCCAAGCUGAAGAAACUGAAGGCGUCACUGGACUGCGGGGUUCUGGAUGUGCAGGAGUACUCGGCCGACCCACAUGCCAUCGCAGGAGCCUUGAAGUCUUAUCUGCGUGAACUUCCUGAACCUCUAAUGACCUUUGAACUCUAUGAUGAAUGGAUUCAAGCUUCAAAUAUUCAAGAUAUGGAUAAAAGACUCCAAGCCCUUUUGUGUACAUGUGAGAAACUACCAGCAGACAAUCUGAACAACUUCAGAUAUUUAAUCAAGUUCUUAGCCAAACUCACAGAGCAUCAAGACUCUAAUAAAAUGACGCCAGGUAAUAUUGCAAUAGUUCUUGGACCCAACCUGUUGUGGACACAUUCAGAAGGGAACAUGACAGAAAUGAUGACCACCAUGUCCCUGCAAAUCGUUGGCAUCAUUGAGCCGAUCAUCCAGCACGCUGACUGGUUCUUCCCUGGAGAUAUCGAGUUCAACCUGACAGGCAGCUACGGCAGCCCGGUCCACACCAACCACAACUCCAACUACAGCUCCAUGCCUUCGCCUGAUAUGGACCAAUCAGAGCGCAAGCAGCAGCACGACCAGAGCCGACGCCCACUCAGUGUUGCUACUGACAACAUGAUGCUGGAAUUCUACAAGAAGGAUGGCAUUAGGAAAAUUCAAAGUGUGGGUGUCAGAGUCAUGGACACAUCAUGGGUGAAGGGCAAAAGUUCCUCUACACUGGCCCGCAAAUCCUCAUCCACGCCUCCCAGCGCACAACCGCCCGGCUCUCCUGCGGACACCCUGAUCACUGAGCAGCCCGGUGAGCUGGCCACAUCUCCAAUCCCCACUCCCCCUCCUGGAGACAGGGGCAGCUCAGACGACGUGUCGCCCAAUCGGCCGGAUUCCUCACAUGUCUAUUCGUCCCACGCGGAGGAGCGUCCACCCCCUCCGUACCCUUCCUCGUCCUCCCAUCCCGGCCCUCACCUCUUCUACCCCAAGCCCCCUCCCUGCGCUCGGCCAGUCGCCCCCGGUCCUGAGUCCCAGCCUCCUGGCUCCCCGCCUCCGCCCCUGCGCUGGGCAGGCUUCGGCCCACCCCUUCCCCUUCCCCUGCCCCAACAACCCCCAUCCUCUUCUUCCUCUUCCUCCUCCUCCUCACUCGAUAUCAACUCCAACCCCAAGCCUAGCUGCCUGCACUUUCCCAAACACGGCCCCGUGUGUGACGCGCCGCAUGCCGCUCCGCCUGACGUCAGUGCCUCACCCCUCUACAUUAAAACCCCUCUCGUGCUGACCCGCCACGACGUGUCCCUCGGAAACCCCCCUAGCCUCCCCUCCUCCGCCCCCCCGCCGUGGGCCGCCUGUCCAUGUGCCCGCGAGAGAGGACCCCCCAGGCUGACUAGCACUUUGAAGAGCAAGGAGCUUUCUCCUGUGAUUGGCCACAAGGCUGUGCAGGCGUCAGGAGCAACAGUGCCCCCUGUCAGCGGUCAGCAGAGCAACAGCCAGUCUCCCCACUCUGCCGAGCACAGCCCCCACACCUUACACAAAGCCUCUAAGAAACUGGCCCCUGUGCCGCCCAAGGUUCCCUACGGCCAGUCGGGGGGGAUGUCAGACCAAUCCACAGGUCAGCCGUCUCCGGUUAGCCUGUCCCCCACUCCCCCAAGUACCCCCUCCCCAUAUGGUUUGGGCUGUCCCACUGGACACGCGCCCACCUCUUCCCCUGGCCAGACCCCAUUAGGGGGACCCCAUACGUUGUCCUCGCCACCCUCUCUGACUGGUACGCUCACAAAGUCCCGACCUACCCCAAAGCCCAGGCAGAGACCCAGUCUACCCCCUCCCCAGCCACCCACCGUCCCCUCUACGGUCCCCCAGCCCCUGGAGCAGGGUCUACUUGACGGAUUGUCCCCCGGGGAGAGCAUGUCCACAGGUAAACAUGCCUCAGUGGCAACAUCACAAGUGGGAGUCCAGCGUCCCUCUCUCAAACUGUCUGUCUCUCCGUCCUACGCAGGCGAUGGACUUUAAGGAGCCAGAUCCCCUUAUGAAAUGUGAAGACAUUUGACUUAAAUAUGGAGUGCCCAUAGAUUCAGUUGCCUUUGAGAUGUAUAGUAUGAUAAUUAUUUUUUGAAUCCCAAGGAUUAUAUUUUAGCUCUACGAUUUUAAGAAAAAAUGGAAACCGAGGGAAUUCACUUUAAGCCCAGGGACAUACUGUAUAUAUUUUACUACAAAGUGAAGUGUGUAAUUCUUGCACCACCAAUGGAAUUGUAAAAAUAUUGACUUUCUAUACAAAGUUUCCACCGACGACUCUGCUCCACCACAAACAGGUAGUCUUGCACCAAUUUCAUACCAUUACUUGAUCCAGAAGUUGUUGGACGUGUCGGACCGCUCAAACAAAGUAAGCAGUGUUUUAAAAGCGCCACUGAGUUUACAUUCUUUAGGGCAGGGGUGCCAAACUCAGUUCCUGGAGGUCCGCAGCCCUGCAGAGUUUUGAUCCAACCCUGCUCCAACACACAAACCAUCUUAUUUUCAAAUAAGCCUGAAUGACUUAAUUAGCUGGAUCAGGUGUGUUUAAUUAGGGUUGCAUCUAAACUCUGCAGUGCUCCGACCCUCCAGGAACUGAGUUUGACACCCCUGCUUUAGGGUUUUAAAAAAAGAGUAAAAAUUGGCAAGUACUUGCUGAAAAUCUUCGACUCCAAUUAGAUUGGCUAGCUUUACAUUCAACUUUCAGGGAUUGAAGGUGCGGUCAUAUUUACCAUGGUUUAGCUAAUUUUCAGUGGUGAAAUUCAGUCAUUUCAAUAAGAAUCUAAAUGAUCAGGAAUCACACAUGAGGGUGAAAGCACAAAUUUCAUAGAGAACACAAAUUGGUUGCAUGGAAAAAAUUGGCAAGAACUUGCUGAAAAUCAACUGAUUAGAUUUACUUUCAACUUUUAGGGGUACAGGUGCAGUCACAUUUACCAUUGUUCAGCGAAUUUUCACGGGUCCAGCCGUUUCAACAGGAAUCCAUGUGGUCAGGAAUAUCCAGGCGAGAGAUAUCCAGAUGCAGAUUUCGCAAAGGGUUUAAAUUGGUCACAUGGAAAAAAAAUGGGCAAGCAGUUGCUGAAGAUCGUCAACUUCAAAUUUAUGGGUAGCUUUGCUUUCAACUUUCAGGAGUACAUGUUUACUCACAUUUCAGGAAUUACACAUGAGGGUGAAAGAUUGAAAGAAAAAAAUUGCUAAAAAUCACCAAAUCCAAUUGAUUCGCUAACUUUACAUUCAACUUUCAGGACUGAAGGUGCAGUCACAUCUACCACCAAGUUUUCUCAUAAAGUUGCCUCUAAACAACAAAAUACGAACAAAUUGAACUUCGGUUGGUCACGUUACAAACUGCUAUGUUGACCAGUCUGGCUACAUGAGGCUGAUCAAGAAUGAAGCAUUUUAACAUGCAAAGAAUUACACACUUCAUCUUUGAAGUUCAGUAUAAGCCCUAUAGUUAUUUUCUCAGCUUUAGUGUGAGACUGUUUCUCUAAAGUAAGGUUUUGUGGUCUUUGUAUCAUUCUAGUGGCCCGCUGUAUGGCACUGAUUGUAUGUUCUCUCAUGUGAGGCGUGUCUGUCAGCCAUUCUCCUGAGCACUGAUUGAUGUAUGACUCUUUUAUCCCCUGUCAUCGUUGUGCACCUUGCAGCUGUGUGAGGCCAGGGACUGAGUGUGGGCUGAGUGUGAGGGGGACAUUUAGGGUAAGCCAGAACCUGCUGUGCCCGUGCCAUAGCCUCAUCUCACACCGUCUGGCCUGGUGCUGUGGCUGAAUCUGGGGCCUCUACCGCAGCCUUGCUCUCUGUCUCAUACCGUAACACUUCCUUCUCCGGCUCUGUCAUUCUCUCCCAGUCGCGGGGCUGUCCUUGGCUUCUUCAUUCUGUCAGUGUAGUCUGUGCAUGGUGUGAGACUGGUCUAUGCAUGGCUUACGGCCUUACUUUUCCGAGCAACAUCACACAUUUGCCAACGUCGUCGCUUAUGAAGUCCAUCUCAACGCCUCCGGCCCUGACCUCACAUCGUGAUCCAUUACCCCUCCCGAUAUCUCCACCACCACAUAGGUGGGCCCAGGUAAACCCCAACCAAACUCUCUUUGAGUCGAGUCCAUCGCAGGACGACAGUACAAAUCUCCGCCCCCACAGUCGUGACUACAUCAUCUCGCGUCCAUCUCAUUCUGACACAGGGGAGGUCAUCACAAUCAGAUACAGUCCACCAAUCCACAUAGUCCACUGACAAGGUUCUUAAUGUUACCACAUGUUCAAUUUGCACCAUCUUGUUGUCUAUGUGUGGAGUAUUUUGUUCAUUGUGGUCAGUGUUGGGGGUAACGUGUUACAAGUAACAUAACGUUAUGUGUGCAUAUUUCUUGUCAAGUAUCAAGUAAAGUAACAUGUUGCUUUUUACAUUUACGCUGCGGUACUUUUUCAAACAUGUAACAGGUUUAGUGUUGUUUGGCAAACAUUACGUAAACACGUAAUGGUAACAGCGCAUAAGUAAUGGUAAUGGCACAUAAGGUUGAAGUAAUGUUACUUUUCUGUUAAUUAUCUGAUACAAUUGGAAACUUCCAAUUACAAGUAACUUGCGUAAAGCGUCUUCACAUGGUUAAAUUUUGUUGCGGAUAAAUAGCAUACUAAAGCCACCUUAAAAUCUGUAACAAGCAUGUUACAAACAGACACGUGUGUAGUGCAUUGUUUCCAGAAAUUGUAAUUGUUGUGUAAAAACACUUAUGCAGUCUUUGUGUGGCAUUUAAACAUCCAUAAAUGUGGUUUCAUGCUAUGUUUGUUGUUGUGGGCAAAUCAUGUCGGGGACAAAUACUUUUUCACAGCAAAAUUACCUAAAAAUAUCUACAAGCCAAGCAGGAAACCACCAUUCUAGAAGACCGAGUGCCUUGGCUAAUUGAUGCCUGGACAAAAUAACACAAACAUAUCACAUUACUUUUCAUAAAAGGUAACAAUGUAAUCUAAUUAGUUACUUUUUUAGGAGCAUCGUACAUGUAACGCGUUACUAUUUAAAGUAACAUCCCCCAGCACUGAUUGUGGUGAACUGUUGUUACUUUCUGAAAAACUGCAAAAAGCUUUAUGUAGUUAAAUGAGAAUAGCUGAGAUUUUGCACUCAGGCAGGACAGGUUUAAUUUCAAAUGAAACAGAUAUUUCAUCUUCCUCCCCAAUGGCUCAGUGUAACAGAAUCCCUGUGCAGAAUGCCAGGAAACAGUCUGAUGUGCCCCUCUCCUGCUGCAACACACAUUCAACACCCUUCGCUGACUUCGCCUCUAACAGUGGUCUUGGAACUGAAUUUGCUUUUUGCUCUCUCUCUCCUUGUGUCGUUUUCAACAUCCUCAUCAUCGCCAUUUCCAUCGUUUCUCUCUGUACUGUAAACUUGUCUUGUCGCUUCACUUUGUGGCCAUCGCUCUCAUUUGCAUGAUCCUAUAGCAGAUUUCUUCAGUUUGGAAAUUCCCUCCAUCAACGUCAAUCUGGACAGCCUGUUGGACGAGUUCAGGGUGGUCCCAUGUCGGAGCUCCUUUGCUGCGGUCAGCUCUCCGGAGGGGGAGUCCGUGUCCGAGGAGGAGG